GUUUAAUUUACGAAAAAAAAAUAAGAUGAACGUAUCAAUUUUAACGCUGUUUUCCUUUUUUAUCUUGAAUGUUAAGGCAGAGGUGUAUAGAGACCGGUUCCUAGAACAAUACAAUAAAAUAACUAACCCUGAAAGCAGUUACUUCUCAAAAGAUGGAGUGCCAUACCAUACCGCGGAGACUUUAGUGGUGGAAUCGACGGAUUAUGGACACGAAACUGAUUCUGAGGCAUUCAGUUACAAUGUUUACCUGAAAGCUGUUUAUGGGGCAAUCACUGGGGACUUCGAGCCGUUUAAUGAUGCUUGGGAUAUGAUCGAGCGAUAUAUGAUUCCGAGAUUGCAAACGAAUUCCGAGAGAUAUGAUCCUAAGAACCCCGGCACAGCAUCGGGAAUAACCGUCGGCCAAGAUCCAAUCUUCCAAGAACUAUUGGACGCCUACAACACCACAGAAGUCUACAUAAUGCACUGGCUGUCAGACGUAGACAAUAUCUACGGAUUCGGCAAUAUACAGGGAGAAUGUGAACUGGGGCCCGAAGCAAACGGCCCUUCUUUCGUUAAUUUAGGACAGGGCUCCUUAUGGGAGGGAUUCAAUACACCCACUUGUGAUAAUUUCACUUAUGGUGGCGUAAAUGGGUUUCAAUUUAGUGUGGGUAAUGCCCGUAGAAGCUAUAACUACGGUGCUGGUCCAGACGCCGAUGCCAGAGCAAUCCAGGCGGCUUUCUGGGCCUCGCAGUGGGCCAAUACGUCGACUGUCAGUGAAACUCUGGAUAAAGCCGCCAAAAUGGGAGAUUUCCUAAGAUACACCUUUUUUGAUCAGCAUUUUAAGCGAGCGGGGAACUGUAUAGGUGAACUGGAAUGUCCUGGAACGACUGAUAAAAACAGUUCCCAUUAUUUGAUUUCUUGGGGGAUCUCUUGGGGCGGUUCCCUCGAAGAUAAAGGGUAUUCCUGGAGGAGUGGCAACUCCGUUUGCUAUUAUGGGUAUCAGAAUCUCGUUGCCGCCUAUGGGCUUAUAAAUGAGCCCAGUAUAAGACCGAAAGCUGCUACAGCUGUGGAGGAUUGGACGGUAUCGCUGGAACGUCAACUGGAACUUUACGAGUAUUUACAGACUAGUGAGGGCGCUUUUGCUGCAGGGGUUACGAACAGUUGGAAUAAGAGUUAUGCAAAUCCUCCCCAGGAAUAUAAGGAUGCUUCAUUUUAUGGAAUGUGGUUCGAUUAUCAGCCGGGAUACGCGGAUGCCAAUCCUUGGUUUGGGUUUCAAGCUUGGACCGCCGAUCGGGUUGCGCAGUACUAUUAUUUGACCAAAAAUGAGAGAGCCCGUAAAAUCAUUAAAAAAUGGACCGAUUGGAUCAUAAGCGAGAUAACGUUCGAUGAAAAUGGCGAUUUUACCAUACCGAGCAACAUUAAAUGGGACGGAUUACCUCCGGACACCAAAGUCACAGUAACCGCUUAUGGACAAAGUAUCGGAAGUGCAUCAGCAACGGCCAGAACGCUGUCCUACUAUGCGGCCGCCUCAGGGGACACGACGGCCAAGAAAGUGGCCAAAAACCUCCUGGACGCACUCUGGAACCACCAUAGGACCGCACGCGGCAUCUCGCUUGAAGAAAGUUUUAGCAGUUACACCAAUUUCAAUCAUAAGUUAUAUAUCCCGCUCGCCAACUGGUCCGGAGUUUAUCCCAAUGGGGACGUGAUCGAUAAUAACGCGACUUUCUUAAGUGUGAGGUCUUGGUUUAAGGACGAUCCGGAUUGGUCGAUGGUGCAAGAUUAUUUGGAUGGUGGCGCAGUACCAAGGUUCGAAGUGCAUCGCUUUUGGGAGCAAUCGGACGUCGCCGUGGCUCUCGGUGUUUAUUACAUGUUGUUUAAUGAAUAAACGAUACGUUUUUAUGUCUUUUACUAA